CGGCUCCGCUCCUCAGCCCUGCACCCGGAUCCUGCACCAUGUCCCAGCCCAGGGCGGCCAAAAAGGCUGCCCCUUCUCCCAGCACCCCCACAGAGCAAGUUGGCACCAAACCAGGUGGGACACCUUCCAAACCAGGGGAGAAGAGAGGAUCCGAAGCAAUCGAGAUGUCGAGUGGUUGGCAGACGUGGGGGCGGGGCUCUGUCACUGGGUCUGUCCUGUGGCCCCUGUCACCGCUGCCGCUGCUGCUGCUGCUGCUGCUGUUGUUGUCGUGGCCCUCCGGGACAGCUGCGUCCACCUGGAAAAAAGCUGGAAGCCUCAAUGCCAGCCAAGCGUCCCAGGCCCUGUCGAGUGGAGCAGCCAGAGCUGCCGGUCAGGCACAUUCAUCCUCUGCUGCUCCAACCAGAAACCCUACCAUGAAUCCCACAGAAGCCAAGGCUUCUCCAAGCCGUAAAAAAUCCGGCGGAUCACAGGCCCAUGGCAAGAAGAGAAACAAAACUCAGGGUACAAAAACUGAACCAGAGAAAACACCCCAGUCAUCCAAAGCUGUAAAAACAGAACCAGAGAAAACACCACAGUCAUCCAAAGCUGCAAAAACAGAACCCGAAGAAAAAUCACCACCAGCAUCCAAGGAUCUGCAGCUCCCUGAUUCUCAUGCAAAACAGACAUCCAAAGAAAAACCAAAGGAGCACACAGAGCAAAAAAGCCCCCACAAACAACCAUCAGGAAGUGGGAGUAAGACCACUGUCACUGGAAAAGAGGUCAUCAAAGCAACUGAACAAUUGACUCCAGAGAAACUGACCGAAGAACCAAAGUCCAAACCUGGAAGCAAACCAGCCACCGCUGCUGCCACCGCUGCUGCCACCGCUGCCGCCACCGCUGCCACUGGUGAGGUGGUGGCCGCCCCAGACAGACCGAGUGAGGAGAAGAAAGCAAAGAAAGCGGUGACCCCAUCAGCCCCAGUCGAAGCCGGAUCAGCUAAACCAGCUGGAAAGUCCGAAGUGGAUUCUGCCUUAGAUGAUCUAAUCGCCACCUUGGGAGAACCUGAAGAAAAUGUUCCAGAGAGUCCGGAGUACACCGGCCCUGAAGUGACAGAUAUAUUCACUUCCGAAUACAUAGAAGAACUCGGAAAGAGGGAGGGCAGUAUUCCACCAAAAUAUAAGAAGCUGUUGGAAAGUUCGGAGGGUUCUCCGGCGCCACCUCCCCAAGAAGAACCUAUGAAACCCAUUGGAGAGGAUGAGCUCAUUGAUAGCCUGUCCUCAGAUUUCACCUGCCACUCAUCUGCCGCUGCCGGGAAGAAGACAGAGGAAGAGAAACCAGAGGGAGGAGAGGUGUUGAAAGCCCAGUCAGUUGGUGCUGUCAGAAGCUCUGCCCCUCCUGAUGAGAAGAAACGGAAGGUGGAAGUGGGUGAAAUGAGUGAUGAUUUAAUAAGUGCUCUUUCUGAUACACUCGGAGGUCCAGAACCGGAGCCAGAGACAGACCCAAGUUCCUUCAAAGAAAUCGAUGAGGCAAAAGCCAAAGAAGAGAAACUAAAGAAGUGUGGAGAAAGGGAUGAUACGAUCCCCCCUGAGCACAAACUGCAACCAGCAACGGAUAAAGAUGGAAAACCGCUGUUGCCAAAGCCUGAAGAAAAACCCCAGCUCGUGAGUGAAUUCGAACUUGUGGAUGAGUUUCCCAAAGAUUUCCAAAGCCCUGACCCGAAAAAAACACAAUCAAAACCAACUGACAAAACCCAGAAAUCUAAGGGCCCAGCACCUGUUCCCAAGGCACCUGCUGCUGUGGGAGAAACCGUCUCACGCACGUCCAUGUGUUCCGUGCAAGCUUCUGCUCCCCGAUCCACUGCUCCCGCUGGGGCAUUGCCAGAUGAUGCUGUGGAAGCCUUGGCUGGCAGUUUAGGAAAGAAGGAAGUGGACCCAGAAGAUAAGAAGCCCGUGGUGGACAAAAUCAAGGAGAAGAACAAAAAAGAAGGUCGGGAAAAACUUGGUGAAAAAGAAGAAACAAUCCCGCCCGAAUACCGACUUGAAGAAGUUAAGGAUAAAGACGGAAAACCGCUCCUGCCCAAGCCCUCAGACAAACUUCCGGCUAUGAGCGAUGACGACCUGCUGGAGGCCCUGUCCGAAGGCUUUUCUUCGGCCCCGGUCACGCAAGCGGCCCCUCUCCCCAUGGCCAAGAAACCCGCAGCCAAGAAGGCCUCCCCUGCCACCUCAGAAGUGGUCUCCUCCUCUUCAGCUCCUCAGUCCCAUGCGGCCGCUCUGCCCCCACCCACCUCACAGGAAGACAAAGGGCUGGAUGAUGCCCUGGACCAACUUUCUGACAGUCUAGGGCAAAGGCAACCUGACCCAGAUGAGGACAAGCCAAUGGAGGACAAAGUCAAGGAAAAAGCUAAAGCAGAACACAGAGACAAGCUAGGUGAGAGAGAUGACACUAUCCCCCCCGAAUACAGGCAUCUCCUGGAUAACAAUGACCAGGGGAGCCCGGCGAAGCCACCACCCCCUGAAGAGCCCAAGAAUCCCUCAGACGCCCAAGAUCCUAUCGACACUCUGUCCGGGGACUUCAACAGCCGCGCCGAACCUCCAGAGGCUCCCAAGAAGUCGGCCAAGGACCGAAGUGGAAAGGCUGCAAAACCCAAGAGCCAGGAGAGCCCCCAGGCUGCUGCUGACCAGGCAAAGGAGCCAUCUUCCCAGAAAAAGUCUGAUGGAAAAAAGAAAAGUUAAAGUUCAAGCUGUUUGGACGUCUACAUCUUGUACAAAUCUCAGCAGGUGGACAGCAACUUUCGAAGAAAAGGCUAUUGCGGCUAGCGAUUAUUCAGGGUGGC